AUGUUUUAUUAUAGUACUCCAAACAAUAUGAAUUAUCAUCAUCUUGUUCUAGAAGUAACUUUAAGAUAGAAUACUACUCUUAUCUUAACAAGUGAAUGUCCAUCUCAUUUUUAAGCUUGUUUACUGAAAUAAGGAAUUAAAAUGGAUGACUUAAUCAAACAAUAAAAACUUUAGUAUUAUUCUUAAAAUAUUUAGAUAGGAUCAUAGAUUUAUUCACUUAAAAUUCAUUAUGGUAAAAAGAAGAAUUACCUUUAACUGAAACAACUCCAAAAUUAUGGUCAGAUCCAUAACCUUUCUAAGAAGAUCUAAUUACUUAUUUAAAAUAAUAAGUUAAAUAGAGAGUUGUAAUUUUGGAAAAUUUAUCAUUUUUUGAAAUUAUGUGUUAUGAAAGAAAAAUAAAACCUUUAAAAAUAAUAGAAGAAUUAUUAUCAAAAUGUGAUUAAUUACAUAUUUUUGGUUCUAAAUAACCAUUAAGUUAAGAAAGUGUUUCUCUUAUCAAUUUUAUUGUUAAGCAUUCAAUUGCUGUUACAAAUUUAUUACCUAAUUAGUCUGGAUUCUCUAAAGACAUUGAUGGUUAAAUGAUCGUAGAAACUAGACAUGAUUCAGGAAUAUGUUUUGAAAAAUCAAUAUAUUGUUUAGAUUAAAACAAAGUAAAUUAUUUGAGUGCAUUAAAAAUGAUAUGA